AUUCUCUUUUUCUUCCAUUCUAUAGCCCAGCAGUGUUUCUCUAUAUUGUCUAGAGAGAUACUGCGUAUUCUUUAGAAUCUAACCCUAACCCUAACCCUAAUCCUACCGAAACAAAAUAAAAAAACAUUCAUAAUGGCUCGUCAACUUCUUGUUCUUGCUCUCGUCUUCGUCGCUGUUGUAGGCGCAUUCGCCGCUGAAUCACCCGCUGCUACCCCAUCCUCCACCCCGUCGCCAAAGGCGUCCAAAGCCGCUCCUUCCCCUAAGGAAUCUGCGGCUCCUGCACCCAAAGCCGCCGCCCAGGCACCAAAAGCCUCCGCUGCAUCUCCUAAAGCUGAAACACCUGACUCUUCAGCUUCUGCACCCACCACCACCUCCGCCGGCCCAUCACCCUCUACUGACGAAGGUACCGCCCCAGAGGCAUCCAGUGACUCUCCGCUCUCUUCACCACCUGCACCAUCCACUGAUGGCUUGUCCCCAGCAGCAGCCGAUGGCCCAGCUGGAGCUGGUGAUGCCCCAAGUGACAGCCCAGCUGCUUCUCCACCCAAGAAAAACUCUGCUGCCACCCUCAAGGUGUCCGCCGGAGUUGCAUCUGUCGCCGCUGCUGGCUUCUUCUUCUUUUAAAUUCAAUAAUGUUAACGAUGUAUGAGAAUAUAUUUGCAUGCAGUUGUUUAUUUGAGAUUGGAGUCUCCAAAUUUUAUUUAGUUUGUUUAUAAGGAAGAAGCCAUAUACUUACUAUAUAUUAUUUACGUACGUUCUAGAUUGUGUGUUUUUAAACUGCAGAGCUCUAAUUGUGUUUCUUUUGUAUUAAGAUCGUCUCUGUGGUAUUCUUUUUGGUGGUAUAUUUGAUCAGUUUUCACAGAUAAUGACUUCUUAAUAUGCAAUUUUUAAUCAUUUUUA